AUGGAUUAUUUUUAUAAUGUUACAUAUUUAUCUUUGGAAGGGCAUGUGGAGUUGGAGAAAUAUAGAUAUGUUUAUUUUGUAAUUUGCCUCACAGUUUAUACACUGAUCAUUUGUUGUAAUGUUGUUGUCAUUUCUAUCAUUUACACAAACAAACGUCUCCAUGAGCCGAUGUACAUAUUCAUUGCUGCUUUACUUUGCAAUGCUCUUUUUGGAACAACUACCUUUUAUCCUAAAGUAAUGAGUGCUUUUCUGUCAGAAAAACAUGUUAUCUCUCAUGGAGCCUGUCUGUUUCAGGCCUUUUGUGCCUAUACGUACGGAGCAUCAGAAUUCACACUGUUAUCAGCUAUGGCCUAUGACAGAUAUGUGUCCAUAUGUAAACCAUUACAAUACGCAACUCUUGUCAAAAUGUCCACUGUUAAAAAGCUCUUAUUUUUCUGUUGGUUUGUACCUUCCUUCUGUUUACAGAAUUCAAAAGAGUUCAGAAGAAAAGCUCUACAAACUUGCUUCCCACAUUUUGUUAUUUUCAUUAAUUUCUCUGUUACUUCAUUUUUUGAAGUGAUUAACACCAGAUUAGAAGGAAGUGUACCUCAUAUAUUUGCUAUUAUAAUGUCAGUUCAAAAUGGGGUCAUCCCUCCUCUACUUAAUCCUAUUGUAUAUGGACUGAAAAUGCAAGAGAUUUUGAAUAGGAUUAAGGGAAUGAUUUGGAAGAGAAAGACACAUGUCUUUGCAGACUGA